AUGUCUAUGGAGCCUCCUGUGGGGCUUACGGCUAUGCCCGUCACCAAGCUAGCCAUGAUCACGACGCUUGUGGUUCCCUUAGUUGCCUCGAUUGCAAGUUACAAACAUAUAUUUCUAUUGCAAUAUGAUCCUUUUCUGCAGACCUACCAUCAAUACUACCGUCUGCUCAUAUUCCAGUUCUGCGCCAUCAAUGAAUCCGAUACAGUAAUACUGGCGUUGAUAUGGUAUCUGUUUAGGCAUUUAGAACGGCUACUAGGAUCCCACAAGUACUUGACCUUGAUUGUUUUGUCAUGGGCCUACACCACCUUAGGAAUUUGGGGAUUGAAUCUGAUCUGGAACGCAUUUAUUGGACAGUACAAGUGGCUUCAAUGGAACAAUUUUAGUACAGGUUCACUGCCCAUUGUUUUAAGCUUAGUACAUUUUUACAAAGAAUACACCCCUCAGAUUUACGAAUGGAAUAUAAGAUUACUAGGACCUCGAGGAGGAGCAUCAAGUCACAAUGAUAACAAGCGAGAAGACAAGAGCGCCGUAGAGUGGAAAAUCAACGAUCAGUUUCUUUUAAAUGGGUUAAUUCUCCUGCUUAUAUUAAAUCAGGGGUUUGCAGGAAUACUAUGCGGAUUCAUAAGCUGGAUGUGUGGUAUUUUCAUCGAUAAGGGCCUGUUACCGGGAUUAGACCAUUGGAGAAUACCGUUUGUAUCCUAUUUCAUCUCUCAAGGCCCACCCACGAGGGCUAACGUUGCUAUAGCGGCCAAUGCGGCCACGAAUACAGCAGCAGCAAGAGCCACUGUAGAAGCAGCUACUGCUGCUACAGGAAAUGGAAAUACAGGCAACUCUGGGCCUACAAGCCUACCGCUUCGUGGUUCAAGCACCACCCCUACAAAUACCUCUAGCGCUGGUGAUGACGAGCCUGGUGCCGAUGAACCUGCAAGACCACUGGGAGUCCAAUUUUUGGAUACCUUUAGGAGAUGA